GGGCGUCCUGGUGCGGCGCGCCCUCCUCCGCCCCGCCCCGUGGCCGCCCGCGGGACAGCCACUGCGCCCCCAGCGCCGCCAGCACGGCCAGGGCGACCCCCAGCAGCAGCACGACCGCGGGCAGCCCUCGGGGCCCAGCCCGCCCGCGGGCGGCCCGGGGGGAGCCGCCGCUGGGGGUACCUCGGCGGCGCGCGCGCGCGGCGCCAGCCGGCGAAGGCCUCCGCGCCCGCGGGCGCGGCGCGCGAGGCCAGGGGGAUGCGGCGGCCAGGGGCGAGGGCCGCGCCGGGGCAGGCGCGGAGAGGUGGAUUAGCCCCACGGCGCGCGCGGCCGCCAACGCCAUUCCGAAGGGGCCCGAGAGGAGGGUGGGCGCCCGCGCGGGGCAGCCUGGGGCCCCAGACCUCCCACGCGUUGAGCCC